AUGAUGACAGAGUGCGAGGACGAACUUUCUUCAACAAAAGAGAACGUGAGACAACGCGAGGAAGCUGCUUUCAAGCCUCGAGAUGAACCACACACGGCCGCCACCAGUGAGGAUCACCCCGACUGGAGCUCCUGCGUCAAACAGCAGCAGCCGAAGCCCCACCAAAUUAAGGAGGAAGAAGAAGAGGCUGAUAUCAGCAAGCUUCCAAUCAUUCAAAUUAUUGUAAAAAGUGAAGACGAUGAAGAUAAAGUGACACCUCAUAGCAGCAUCUUAAGUGAAGGUAAUGAAGAACCACAUGUUGAAAGUGUCACCACUCCAAGUGACAUGAAAACACGCUGGAAAUGUUCUCAGUGUGACAAAACCUUUGUCAACAAGUACAUUUUAAAAGGACACAUGAUGAGUCACACUGGAGAGAAACCAUUCCGCUGCAUAAUAUGCGGUAAAAGCUUCUCCAUUAAAGGACGUAUGAUAACACACACCCGAAUACACACUGGAGAAAAACCCUACUCCUGCUCGGUCUGCGCCAAAACUUUUUCUGAUCAAUCGGCGUUUGUGCGACACAGAAGAACGCACACCAGCGAGAAACCGUUUACUUGCUCGACGUGCGGGAAGAGUUUCACGCUGGGCAGUAGUUUGAAUACGCACAAAAGAAUGCACACUGGAGAAAAACCUUACUGCUGCUCGGUCUGCAGCAAAGAUUUCUGCGACCGCUCAGUGUAUGCGAGACACACGAAGACACACACGGGGGAGAAGCCGUUUACUUGCUCGGUUUGUGGAAUCCGAUUGACUCGAAAGACACAUUUAACCACGCAUAUGAGAACUCACACAGGAGAGAAAGUGUUCAGUUGCAGGUUGUGUGAGCAAAGGUUUUCGUACAAGUAUCAAUUAGAAAAACACAAGUGUAAUGGGGAAGAACAGCAGCAGAAAUUUUGA